AUGAUUAAAAUAAAAAAUAAAAUAGAAAACGAAAUAAAAUUUGGUGAAAAAAAUAAAGCUAUAAGAAAAAUUUUUGAAGGAUAAAUUUAAUUUGAUGAUUAUUAAAAUUAGCAAUUAGAAUUUUUAAAAUAACAUAUAAAAGAUGAAAAAUAUCAAUUAAUAUAUUAGUAAAAAAUAAAAGUGAAAUAUUAAAAUUAUAACAUUAUCAAAAGUUGGAACAAUAAUAUUUUAUUAAGAUUUCUCUACGCAAAUUAGUUUAAAAUCGAAAAAACAUUUAAAACAAUAAAACAGCAUUAAGAAUGGCGUCAAUAAACACUUCCAGUUUAAUUUAAUGACAAUAUAAAAGACUUUUUAGUAAUCUAAUUUUAUUAAAAUAAUAAUAAAAAGUAAAAAAAUAUUAAAUUUAAAUAAAGCUUUUUAUAUAUAUAAAAAUUAAAUAUAAUAAUUAAAUAAAAAAUAAAGAAAGAAAUUUAAAAUUUAUUAUUACAUUCAAUAACUUAUUUUUUUGAAUAUAUAUUAAAAUAUAUUAUGCUUCCUGGAUAAAUUGAGAAUUGGGUAGUCCUUUUAGAUUUGAAUUCUAUAGGAAUAUCUUCUCUUCCUAUUUCAGCUUUAAAAACUAUUAUUAGAUAUCUUUCUAUUAAUUAUAGAAGUAGAAUGUUUGCUACAUAUGUUAUUAAUACUCCUAGUUCAAUUUUUAUUCCUUGGAAUAUAAUCAAAGGUUUUUUAGAUGAAAAUAUUAUUAAAAAAAUAAAAAUUUUCAAAAGAUAAUUAAGAUAAAUAAUUAUUUAAACAUACAAAUUUGGAAUAAAUUGA